AUGUCGACCACCACAACCACUACUACCCACGCCUUCAAGACGGAACAGCAGCAGACUUUUGCUGCCAAGUUCGAGACUAAAGACCUGGUCACCUUUGACGAGAAUGCUGUCUACGGCGAUUGGCGCGACGAGUUCCACAAGAACGGCUGUGUCGUGAUCAAGAAUGUCAUCAGCCCCGAGCGUGCGCAAUACUACUGCGACAAGCAGAUCCAGUGGCUCAAGAACUUCGACCUGGGCUUUGACGAGAAGGACCCUAGCACAUGGACGGCUGACAAGCUGCCAGUGAGCUUCAAAGGCGGCAUGUACUUCGCCUACGGUUCGACCCACGAGAAGAUGGCUUGGGAGGCCCGCACCGAGCCCACAGUCGUCGAGAUCUUCGAGAAGCUUUGGGACACCAAGGAGUUGAUUACAUCUUUUGACGGCAUGAACAUCUCCAUGCCCAACCGCAAGGAUAUCACAUGGAGCCCCUGGCCUCACUGUGAUCAGAACCCCCGCCGCAAAGGUAUGCAGGCGGUUCAGGGUCUUCUCAACUAUGCUCCCAAUGGACCCAAAGACGGUGGUCUCAUGCUCAUGAAGGGAUCUGCCAAGCUCUUUGACGAGUUCUUCUCCCAGAAGCGUGACUCUGCCGACCACGAGGACGCACCACCCCCGGAGCUCGAGUUUAUGGAUCUCUUCUUAUUCAGCAAGAAGGACGUUGCCUGGUUUGAAUCGCGCGGCUGCGAGCUCGUCAAGGUUAACAUGGAACCCGGUGACUUUGUGCUCUGGGACUCGAGAACCAUGCAUUACGCCUGCUUCCCUGAAGGCGACCAGAUUCGCCACGUCCAGUACAUUUGUAUGACGCCACGGAAGUUUGCCGAGCCAGAGGCUCUGGAGGCGAAGAAGUACUGCUUCGAGAACUACAUGGGUACUACACACUGGCCCCAUUGCAACGUUCGUGUCACAAAGGAGAAGCCCAUGAGGGACGGCGAGAUCUGCCCCAAGUAUAGAACAGAGCCGUUUGAGAAGCCUGUAGUUACGGAGAAGAUGCUGCAACUCGCCGGAGUGAAGCCAUAUUAA